AAUACAGUGUUUACAAAGAUGAUUUAGGCUUUCACUGCAAGCCUUUCAUUUGCAGCGCUUCUGCAGGCACAUCAGUGCACGGGACAAUGUCUCUCUUGUUCACAGUGAACAUCAGUGUUGUGGGAAGGGAACAAAAGACUGGAAGGGGUAAUCAGCAGAUGCAGUGAAACAAUGCUAUAACAAGAAAAAGUAGCUGGAGGGGGCUGCUCCUGAGGUUGGAGGAGUGCUCUGUGAGGGGUGGCAACGCCUACCAAAAAGACACUGAAAAGAUGCUGUUGCAGUGGGUGAAGGUGUGACCUGCUUUUUAUUAUAGUAAUCUGCUUUCAUCAUUCAUCUGUGUGUAACCUUCUAAAACAAAUUCUUAAGUACUUUCCAUUUUGUGAAGUCUGUGAGGGUCGAAGCUCUAUGCAACUCUAUAGCUGCAACUUAAUAUGAGCCACAGAAGGAAAUAACUUUUAAUAGGAUACCAUAGCAGCUGUAGGUUUGCAGGGAGCUAAUUGAAACCAUAUUCUCUUACCACUCUGCCUUGAGCGUUAGAAAGAAGUAUUUUAAGUGAGGUGUAGUUCAAUCUAGUGGUGAUUGGGGGAUGAUUAAAGCUUAUGAGUUUACAGUCUACAGCUUUUUGGUGGGUUUGUUAAUUUUUUUUGUUUGGCUUUAUAAGUCUUCAAUUGAAGGGGGUUUCCCAUGGCUUCCAAAUUAGCUUGGGUUGGUGGACCUACAAAAGAUAAAUGCCAUAAGCCUUGUGAUGCUAAGUGACAGCUCUCAGUCACCCCUGUACAAAUGUGAUCAGUUUCUUAAAACUCAGUGCCUGCUGAGAGACUCUGAGUAUAUGAAAGCAGCUCUUUGCUUCUAGAGUAGGUAUCUCGGGUUAGAAACAAUUACUAACUAACUAAUAGUUUUCUUUCGCUCUAAUGAAAACAAGUUUGCAUGGUGGAAUGGCAGCUUCCGAAGGGAAAUGUUGAAAGAGGAGGGAUUAAAGGAGUGAUUUGUAUUUUAUUUUCCCCUGGAAACAAGAACAAGGAGGAAUUACUUGUUAACAGAUCACCUGGGAUGGCUGAGGAACAGAGUUGAGUGAUGAGUCUGUGCUGGUUUUUAUUGCCAAAAGUGAAAAACCCAUCCCAGGGUUUGUGUAGGAAGGUGAGAAAGGAAGGCUGAGCUGCAGAUGUGAAGGCUUGUUAAUUGUCUUUGCGGCACUGAACAGAACCCAGAGACACUUCAGGAUUAGGCUUCGACAAAAGGAAUGGCAGAUAUUCAUAGGAAGAAUUCUCAUCUGGGAGAUUCUGAUAUAAGAAAAAGGCUUUUAGGAUAAAGGUGGUGAAGCACUGGCACAGGUUGCCCGGAGAGGUGAUGAGUACCUCAUCCCUGCAGACACCCAAGAUCAGACUGCUCGUGUUCUGAGCAUCUGAUGGAGCUGUAGGUGCCCCUGUUCAGUGCAGGAGAGUUGGAUCAGAUGGCCUUUAGGAAUACCUUCCAACUCAAAUGAUUCUAUGAUUCUAUGUAUCCAUUGGUACUCCUGGAGCUGGGUAUGCAGAGGGCAGGGGCAGCUCUCAGAUAGGUAUGGAAGUGCUGCUGGAGAGCUGUAUUUUAAAGCAGGUUUGCUUUGUCUGUGGUCUCACUGCCCCAUUCCAUGAAAGUUGUGUCAAUACAAACAGAGCUGCAAGCCUUGUUUCCAGAGCUUGAACUGACAGCCAAGUACAGUUGUGCAGGAAGGGCUCAGCCACUUGUUUCCUAGAGCACAGGGAGAUGGGCUGCUUCAUCACUGCCAACCAUUCUGCAAGCAACCCUUCUGAUUCCAUGCAUUUCUUUGUUGGUUUUUGUUUUUUUUUCCUUUAUAAAAAUUAGAGUCCUUCAGGGCUGAAGGAAACCACAUUUGAUUUGGGGAUAUAAUACAGGCAGUAUAAAGAAGGGUUUUUUUUUUUUAUAAAGAAAUCAGCAGAUUUUUGGAGGUUAUUUGCUCAGCUCUACUAUUAACGUGGUGUCGUUUGCCAGACUGUGAUCAAAACCACUUGGCAGGAGAGACUUUGUCAGGAGGGUGAGCCAGUGGAGUGGAGCUGUCAUCUAAAUACGUCCAGAAAAACCGUUCUCUUGGCAUAGAAAACAGACUGUUUACAGAAAAAAUAAACAUGCCCUCUAAAAUUAUGUUUCUUCUCUGUAAAAUCAUGGAAGGUCACCAGACUGUGACCCUACAGAAGGAGCGUAACACUUUAUGAGACUUCUGUCAAAGCACGUGAUAAAAAAUAAAUACACUGUAAUAAAGAAGUGUCAGUCUGAUGGCUGAGAUGUGCCUUCCUAACGCGUUCUGUCUCCCUGCUGUAAGAUGUGCUGUGCGUGCUGCUAGGCAAAGGAAGCCCAUCUGGAGGGGAUAUCAAAUCCAUCCAUUUUCUUGACGUAUCAGUUGAUGUAAUUAACUUUUGUUUCAUCUCCCGAGUAAGCCUCAUAAACACUAAAAUGUGUCAAAGUAAAAUAUAAUUUAUUGAAGGGCGUGAUUUCUAGAAGUCCUUAUGAUGUAUCAGCUGCUGGAUAGAGCCCCAGAUGCUGAAUAUCCACAAGGAACAAGAUCUGGCCAGACCUUGGUUGUUCUCUGAGUGGUGCCAAUAGAUAGAUGAGAUAGAGCUGAGAGCUGUGGGAGCCACCUCUGCCUGCUGCUUUGUGUUGGGGCAGUAGGAGCACCUCCUCUUUGCUGCUCAGAAUUUCCAGGUGUAUUCUUUAUAAUGGUUCCUUUUUCCUCCUCUGCAAGGCUGUUUGUUGAAAUUCUGCUGUGUAAACUCCUGGCAUGGGAGCAAGAAAUGUCAUUCAUGAGAGCCCAGGUAAGCCAGCAUUGAGGCUUAGCCUGCCCUGAGCUCCCUGCUGUCACAGCUGUGUUGGUGUCUGGUCAGCCUAGGUGAAACAAACACCCCACACCACCACAAUCAGGAAGUUGUAGCUCUGUUUUUGAGGGCCAUGCAGAUAUGUCAUCAGUGCUGCUGGGAUACCUUUGGGUUUUCUGAAUGUACACAACCACAUUACUCAGUGUAACCCUUUCUCAGCAGUUCGGAGGUGAAAAAGGACUUCCUCGCUGCCACCCUCAGUCUCACAUACAGUGCUAAACCUGUCAGAUGGCCCUGCUGGCAACUCCACCACUACUAUUAUACCCGUGAAUUGCAUAGGAUAUAUUGAACGUUCUAAAACCUGAGCUAUCAGCUUGCUGAGGAUGAGUAUGCAAGUGUUCAGCCUUGGGUUUAGCACACCCUGCCAACCCACUGAAGUUUUAUGUUAAUCAAGAAAAAGAGAAAGUCUUCCAUUUGGUGGUAGUUUAAAUUCUGCUUGGUUAUAACUCACAGCCCCAAAGCAUAAGAAUUAAGUUUAAUAGUUCAUAAAUUACACAGCAUGCAGCACAUACUGUUGUAAUCUGCACAUACUCCAUACAAAGUAUUAACACCGAUGUCUAAACAAAAAUUCAAAGUCACUGUAGGCAAUCUUAAACCUCAGCUGUACAGUUUUCCUGAACUAUUUUGGCUGUAGACAUGACUUUUCACCCCUCUACCCCCAUAUGGUAUUAAUUCAAUUGUUUUAUAUGUUAUACAUGCGUAAGAACUAGAAGGGAUUUCCUCCAACAACAAACACUGAGGAUAAAAAGGUUGGUGUUUAUAAAAACGUCAAACUGAAAAGCUCUUCCAUAGCUCGCUGGAGGACGGCUAUCCUUUAAAACUCAAAGGCCGAUCAUUCGGAGAGGAAAGCUGGAAGCUGAUGCCCAUUUCUCACUCAUUGGGACUCUCAGCAGCAAGCGGGCAGAGAGGAGGCUGAGGGAACUUGGGCUUGGUUAAAAAGAUCAGGAAGCAGCUGAUUUGGUUCCCAGGGGUGUGGGUUUUGAUCACCUCUGUUUGCUUUUUGCUUAGGAACUCAGCAUGAAUGGAAGGAGAAGAAGCUCUGAGGACAGUUGGCACUGUGCUGCAAGGUGUUGGAAGGGAAACCCUUCCUUGCAGCUGGAGUGGUGCUGUCCCACAGGAGGGCUGGCAGGGUGACAAAUGAGGGGUCAGGAGAAGACAAGGGACCAUCAUCAUGGGUCUGUGCCAUUUGCCUGCAGGCACAGGGCUGUGCUUGGCCAAGGGCAGGCUGGGAGAACUUUUGGAGUCCUUGGGCCCAAUCCUAACAGUGCUGAUCAGCUUCCUUGCUUGGAAUCAAAUUAAGUAUCAGCAGAGAGCAUGGCUGGAACGUAUGGUGUGGAUUUGGGAAAAGGGGAGCAUGCAGGAGUUUUGUAGGCUUGAGAAACUGCUGUCUCAGUUUGGUGUGUGAGCACGCUGAGAAUGCCUCUGGGAUGGGCUGAGAUCUCAAAGAGCCUUAAGAGGCAGGAGUAGGAGUGAGGACCAAAACGGCAGAUGGGAGGUGAGGGAGAGAAGCUGGAAAGAGCGUGCUGCUUUAAUACGGCUUGGAGCUUCAGCAGGAAGCAGCUGGUGAGCUGGUGUGCAGGAAAAGGAAGCAGCAUCAUGGGGUUGCAUUGCUGUGUGCUCUCUGGUUCGUCUGUGGCAUCUCUGAGAUUAAACGGGAGGAUCUCAGAACAUUGCUGCAGACGGUCUGCUUGUCCCAAUAACCCAUCAGUCUGAUGCACAGAGGCAUUUCUAUUGCCACUGACGUUCUUUGAAACAACGAUCCUCAUUGAUUCAUAGAAUCAUAGAAUCACAAAAUUAAUUAGGAUCGCUACGCUCUCAGCUUUUGGAUCUUCUUCCAUUUUUGGAACCAAAAUGAUGAAAACUGCUGGAAAGAUUCGAAUGAGGCGGUCACACACUGCCGUGCUGCUCUUUCCGGAGUGAUGCACCGGGGGAUGCUGUCGUUGCGGCGGGGGUGGCCCGGCAGAGGGCACCAGCGGCCCGAGAUCCGCCGGCCCAGAUCCACGGACCCGACCCUCAGCCCCCCCAGCCCCAGCGCCGGCCCCGUCACCGGGAGCCGCGAUGCUGCGUGGGCCCCCGGCCCUGCGAAAUGAGAGGGAGGCGAAGGGAAGAAGCUGGCGGACAAAGCCUAGAACUGCGUUAAGCAGACCCAUCUGUGGCUCAGAUCUCUAUCGGGUCCGUGGAAUUUGGUCCAAAAAAUUUGGAAGUGUCAUAAUAUAUGUACAGAAAAGCAAAACUGUUUAAACUUCUUAAGCGGUCAUGGCCAUAUAUGGGUUUAUGGUUCUGUUCUGGAUGUGGUAAGUAGAAAUGUGCCGUAUCGACAGUCAGGCAGACAGGGCAGAAGUCAGCUCUCGUUUGACCUGAGGUGAUGGCACUGUGCUGAUGCAGGUGGUGUUUGCCCUCACAGAAAGCAGACCAGGAGCUGCCUGCCUUCCCUGUAGUGCUGCGACAACAUCAGCAGGUACCAAACAGGUGUUUGGAAGGUGUGAGCAUCACCCUUGGUGGGUUCCCAGGACAGGGGUUUGUUGGUGUCCUCAGUGCAAGCUGGGAGGUCACCAGGUGUGGGACCUCCACUGGGGGCACAGCUGCUUGAGUACCCACUAAAGCAAGCAAGGUGAAAGCAGCCUUCAUGUCAUCACACCACUCCAUGACCAGUGUAGGGCAAAAACCUUAAAGAAGGUUUUAGGGGGAUCUCUCCUGCCAGGGUGUGAGGCACAAGGGAGGCACAGGGCCUUGUGCCCAAGCCCUGCUCCCUUAUGACAAUGACUCCUAUGGGAAAAGUUUCAUUUUUAAGCAUCCACUGAAUCUCAGCCAAACUACAGAGAUUAAAGCAGAUAUAGGCUCUUAGGAAUGUAAACAGCAUACAGGAAAUUCUAAUCCACAAGGCAUAAUUUUAUUCCAAAAACAUGAUUCCAUCCCAAGAUGAUAAAUCAGCCUCACCUUCUGUGUGUGCUGUGCCUGGGAUCCUCAGUUCCCAUCUCCUUCUGCUGGUGAAGCUCCCCAUAGAUGCUGGCCAUGCCCUGGGCUGGUGGUGGCCUCAGAGGCUGCCUGGGGCUUUGGGCAUCAGUCACACUGCUUAGUGCCCAGCUUGGCACCACCAAGCCCACCCUUCAGGGACCACUUGUGGGGCUUUGGACACCCGGGUGUUCAGUUUGGGAACUUUUCUUUAAGCAUUUCUCAUUGGUGUGAUUUUCUUUAGUGCUCAGUGGGUGCACUCUGCAGCCUGUUUGGUUCCAUGGGGGUAGGGAGAGAAUCUGCCCCUGCUCUGCUGGGAGGGUGCUUUGGUGGAUCUGUACCACAGAUUAAAAUAAGAUUUGCAUUGAAAUGCAAAGGCAGAAAAAUAAGCUAACAGAAAAGAGCCAAAACCUCUACUAAAUUGUUUCAUAUCAUGUGCCUGUUAUAGAGAGCUUUGCUAUUUAAUUGGCUCUUAACAAGGUUUUUAACUGGCUGUAGUGGCGCUUGGGAGAGUCUGGCAAGUCAGCUUUAAUAUGAUUGUAAUAUGUAUAAAACAUGGUGUUAUUGAAGAAAUUAAGAGUUUCAAUUAGCCAUUAUUGUGUUAAAUGCCUGCAGCACCUCCCCGCUGCUCCAUAAAGACACAGCCAGGUGGAACCAACAGACCAACGCUGCUGAAAACCCACAGAAUGUGGGGUUUGCUCUGUUUCUUCGUUUUGCUGUUAAAAACUGGAGGGCCUGCUCUGCAUAGAUGUCAUCAUUAACUUAAUUCUGUGAACUGUAAACUGUCCUAUUCCAGUCAGUGAGCAGGGCACGCAGUGAGCUGCCUGAGCACACCUCUUCGUAGCAUAGGGGAUGAUGUGACAUCGGGAAGGGCAUCUCUAAUUGGCCGGCAGAUGUGGGGUUUGCUAGAAUUGAACACUGGGGCCAUAAGGACAGUUCCUUGCUUUCUGAUUAGGACUUUUUUUUACUGUCUAGAAAUAGGUGGUACAGCCAUAGCUGUGGUUUCAGACAGGCUGUAAUUACUGACCGGGUGCACCCACCUGUGGCUCACGGUGUGUUUAUGCCCGGCCAUUGCAGUGCACACUCACUGCCUGCAGCUCUGUGCCCAUACGUGGCUGUGGCAGUGCUGUGUGUGGCACAGCCAUCCCAAAGCCCCACACUGAAGGAUUUCUGCUCGUGUUCUCCAUCAUAUCACCGAGGGGCUCGGCGGCAUUUCCCAGUAUUGGAGCUGUGCAUCAAAGCCACGCGUUGUUUUCGUGUGUGACAGGUGAUCCGGCUGCUUAAGGCUGUACCAGCCCCAUGUCAGCACCGUGACAGCAUCGGCAUGGACAGUGCCUAGAACUGCUCCUCUGCGAGGAUCCCGGGCAGGGAAGUGCAGGAGGCUGCCCCGAGCAAUGCAGAUGAUUCUGCUAUUUCUUUUGGUUGUCUGGUUUUCUUGGGUUUGAUAGCGGCUCCAGGUGGAUAAGGGAGAAAGAUAGCACUGUCAGCAAGGGAAAACGUAACGGCGGCCCUCUGACAGCCGUGACACGGAGCCCACGGAGCCCCGUGUCAGCCCGGAGGUCGGUGCGAGGAGGGGGCAGUGCCUGGAAGCGCUGUCUCAGCCCUAACGCUGCCUCCGCCGGCUCUCGCGGUGGGUUUGUUCUUCCGAGCAUUGCUCCCCUCCCCUGUGAAGGAGGGCAAAGGAAAACUAAAAACAAAACAAACAAACAAAAAAAACCAACCACAAAACAAUGGAAAACAACGCUAAAACUAAAAACAGAACUCCGCGCUUUUAAAGAUAUUAUUUAAAAAGGGAAAGAAGGGGGGGAAGAAAAGAAAGAAAAAAAAAGAAAGGAAGAAAGAAAAAGAAAAGAGUGGGACUCGCUGUUUUAAGUCAGCCUUUUUCCUACUCACUGUGCGCGUUCCGCAGCACGGCGGUGGCACGGAGGGCAGCUCCCGGUACAGGCACAAAUCCCGACAGCGGCGGCUCUGGGGAUGGUUUCCGUCCGUUUGGAGGAACGAGGUCCGGGGGCGGCGGGGCGGGGACGUGUCUCGAUGCUGGGGCACAGAGCUCCGCACCUUCUGCCCGGAGCUGUAAGGAGGGAAGGGCCGAGCAACGUGGCCUCGGGCAUCGCUUUGGGGUCCGCGUGUCAGCGCUGAGAUCCCCGCGGCAGCGAGCGCAGAGCGCUGCUCGGAUGGAGCCGCUCCGUCACCCUCCUGCCCAGCGUGAUGUCACGGCUUCCACUCUUCCCACCGCUCUGCGGAUUUCCUGGACGCCGAGUGGCAGCAGAAGGCAGCGCCGGGGCCCGCAGAGCUCCGAGGCUGCCCCGAAGCCGUAGGGACGGGGACGGUGGUGCGGGGCUGUGCGGGGGAGGAGCGGGACGGUGGGGUCAAUCUAUCUCUAUCUCUAUCUCUAUCUCUAUCUAUCUCUAUCUCUAUCUCUAUCUCUAUCUCUAUCUCUAUCUCUAUCUCUAUCUCUCUAUCAUGGCCAUAUCUGUAACUACAUCUAUAUAUCUACGUCCGUAUCCAUAUCCAUAUCCAUAUCCAAUCUCUAAUCUCUUUAUCAAUCAAUCUCUCUCCAUAUAUAUCUGAUCUGUACCUACUUGUCACCCUUUCUGCACAAAAUCUCUUUCCCCCAUGCACGCAGCGCGUUUCUUAAAGUACCCCAACGGGACAGAGUUUCUCUUCGGUUCUUUUUCGUGUUAUGGUUGCUCCACGCAGGGAAACGCGAUGGGAUCUUAACGGAGGAAAGGUGGGAAAAUGGACAAAACUCUCCUUCCCGUCAAAACGGGAAUGAACCGCCCAAAGCUCCGUUCCCCCCGCAGCCCUCGGAACAGCCGCAGUGUGACAGUGAGCGGCGGAGGGCUCUGCACUGUGCCCUGGGUGAGAUCGAUGAGUCCCGAAACGAACGUGAACGGUUUGGUAAAAGAAUAGAAACGAAUCUUGAGCAGUGAGGUGGCUUUGGGAACACCCUGCCUUUCUAACGAUGCGAUAAACGCUUCGCGUGGAGCAAACAACACAAACCCGUUAAAUGCGGAGCGUUUUCUUUUUAAGAAGACCGAGGCGCUUCCCUUCCAAUAGAUGGGAAACGAAGUGCGAGUAAUUCGGGGCUGCGUUCGUUCGCCCCAUCGCUGCCGAACGACACACGGUGCCCAGCGCGUCCCCUCGGGAUGGGGCUGGCUGGGAAGCAGCGGAGGAUCGCAUCCACGUUAGGAGGUGCGAAAUCAGCGCUCGGAUUUGGGAGUUCUGCGAAUUAAACGAUUUCCGUCAUUUUAAGAGUCACGGUUAAAUAUAGUUUUAUAUAUAUUCGUAUAUCUACACCAAGCGAUUUACUUUGAGCGGUGGGAUUCGCACCGCAAUGAUUUUAAACCAUUAUCCGAGGGUGCAGCCGGAGGGUCCUUCCAGCCCCGUAUCGGGGCACCGCACCGAUCCCGCACCGAUCCCGCACCGCUGCCGCUUCAAUCCUCGGCCGCGUCGGCGUCUUCGGGGCCGCGAAUUGCCAUAAGCGGUUCUGUGCGCUCGGCUCGGUGCCGUGCCCAGAGAUGCGGGGCGAAGUGGGGCUGAGAUGGGAUGAAUCUUUGCCGUGUGUCCGAGUUUUGUUUUAUUUUAAAUUAAUCGUGGUGCGACAGCUGCUCUCGGAGUGACGGUGUUUAACACUGCGCUAUGGCAGCGUCCGCUCGCUCGACUGUGGCCCAUUUUCUCCCCACUUCGCUCCCAAUUACCCGUCCCGUUAUUUAUCGCCGUGACACCCAGGGCCUCCUCUGCCCCGGCCUUUAGGAACCGGCACGAAAACGGGAGGGGGGCGCUCGGGACCCCACAGGGGAAGGGAGGGGGGGGGGCUCCCCAAAGCCCUCUCACGGGUUUUAGAGCAUCGUUUUAAAUUGACGGGACUCGGAGCAUGGGGAAGCGUUCCGCUCCUCUCUGUGCUUUGUUUCUUUUCCCGACCAACCACUCUGAGUUCCCCCAUAGGGAUGUGGCCGAGCUCGGGGCCCCUCCGCACCCCGCGGGGCCCUGCUCUGUGCUGUGCUGCCUGGGGCCGAGCGGGGCCGUGCCCGGGGGAGUUGGAGGGGGCGGGCAGGUGGCGGGCGGUGCCAGGAGCGCCCUGCAGGGGAAAGAGUGAGACGAAGGGGAGGGGGAGAAUGGGGGCGCACGGCAGCUUUGGGCCCACGCUCUGUCGGAUAUGUGCCUACCCACUGCCCGCCUUGAGGCCCGUUUGCUUUAUAUGGCAGCGGAUCAAAUGCUACGCCGUAACCUCCCGCUUCCAGGUACUCGCCCGCCCCGGCCCCUUCCUUCCUCCACAGCCCCUCCCGCGCCCUCCCCCGCCCGCCGCAGCCUCCGGGGCCGUAUAAUAGGGCCGCUGCCCGUCGGGCCGGGCCGGGUUGGGGAGGUGCUGCCCGGUGCCGCGCCCCGUGCGUGCGUGCGGCGGAACGGCCGCGGGCCGGCGGCGGCGCUCGGGGCGGUCCCGAGGCACUCGAGGAGCCGGAGCGGGGGGGGGGCGCCGAGCCGGGCCCUGCCCAGGGGUAGGGCGGGGUAGGGGCGAUGGGCAGAGCCCCCGCUGCCCGGCUCCCAGCGGCCGGGGGGCUGCGUUAGGGCCCGGCGGCCGGGCUCGGCUCGGCUCGGCACGGCCCGGGCGGCGGCGAGGAUGCAGCACCCGCUGGAGCUGGGGGCCGCGCACUACUUCCCGGCCGAAGCCUUUCCCGAUCACCGAUCGCACCGCUACCGCAGUUUCAUGAUUGAGGAGAUCCUCACCGAUCCCCCCGACGCCAAAGGAGCGGCGCCGCCCGGGGAGCUGCUCAAGUUUGGGGUGCAGGCGCUGCUGUCGGCGCGACCCUACCACAACCACCUCGCCGUUCUGAAGGCGGAGCCGGCAGCCGUCUUCAAGUUCCCGCUGGCUCCCCUGGGCUGCUCGGGGCUGGGCUCGGCGCUUCUGGCCGCCGGCUCGGGGCUGCAGGGCGGCUCCGCCUCGCCCCACCUCCCGCUGGAGCUGCACCUCCGCGGCAAACUGGAGCCGGGCGGCCCCGAGCAAGGCAACAAAGCCAAGAAAGGCCGCCGCAGCCGCACCGUCUUCACAGAGCUGCAGCUCAUGGGGCUGGAGAAGCGCUUCGAGAAGCAGAAGUACCUCUCGACGCCCGACAGAAUAGACCUGGCCGAAUCACUGGGGCUCAGCCAACUCCAGGUGAAAACCUGGUACCAGAACAGGCGCAUGAAAUGGAAGAAAAUAGUGCUGCAGGGGGGCGGCCUGGAAUCCCCCACCAAACCAAAGGGCCGCCCCAAGAAGAACUCCAUCCCCAGCAGCGAGCAGCUCUCGGAGCAGGAGCGCGCCCGGGACGCCGAGAAACCCCCCGAGAGCCUGGGCUCGCCGGCUGAGGUCAGCCAGGAGGAGUGAGGGCACGGCCCGGCCCCACCGCCGCCGUCCGGGAGCGCGGGGACCCCUAGAGCCGCGCCGGGCCCCGGAGAGCGCUGCCCCGGGCGGGUGGAACCCUGCACGCAGCGGCCCGGGCGGUAGAGGCCGGGGGCGGAGGGUGGUGGGGCCGCGGUCGGAGCACCCAGCGCACAGCUCGACCCCCGGCCCUGAGACCCGCGGUGUGCGGCGGCCUGGGGGGCACCGGGUCCGCCCUCGGCAUUGCUCGCUGCGUGAAACCCUGUGGUGCCCCCAGUUAUUCGAAAACUGCAUUUUAUGAUCGGUUUUUAUUAAUGCGAAGAUAUUUACUUUAUUUCAAUAAAGUAUUUUAUGGACUAUU